CUUUGUGCGGGGCGCGUCCCGCGGCGGCGUCGCGGCAGCCGCGCCCGCCCGGCCGCGCGUGUGCGGGGCGGCACCGGCGGAGCUGCGGCCCGGGCGCGCCCAGCUCCGCCACGGCAGCCCCACUGUCCCCGCAGGCAAGGGCGAGACGCGGGGCUGGUCGCGGCCCGGCUGAGCUCCGGGGUCCGUGCGCGGCGCAUCCUCCCGGCCGCUCCGGUAAUUCCCUGGUGUUGAAAAUUGCAGCUACAUCAUCUCAGAAAAUACAGCUUCAGUGAUGUCGUCACCCAGCAGCAAUUGCCCACACCUGGAAUCAGUUGGUGAGAUAACAAAGGAGGAACUGAUACAGAAAUCUCAUGGCACUUGCCAGGACUGUAAAGUCAGAGGACCAAACCUUUGGGCAUGCUUAGAGAACAGGUGUACAUAUGUUGGCUGUGGUGAAUCCCAUGUUGAUCACAGUACCACCCAUUCCCAGGAGACAAAGCACUGUUUAACUGUCAACCUUACUACUCUCCGUGUUUGGUGUUAUGCCUGUAGUAAGGAAGUAUUCCUGGACAGAAAAUUAGGAUCUCAUUCUCCACUACCAAGCACAAGAUUGUCUCACCAAGCACAAGAAAACAGUGUGCAGGAUUUUAAAAUACCCAGUAAUCCCACACUGAAGAUUCCAUUAGCAGCUGUAUUUGAUGACUUAGAUAUAGAAGUGGAAGAAGAUGAAUUGAAGACCAGAGGUCUAACAGGAUUAAAAAAUAUUGGAAACACUUGUUACAUGAAUGCAGCUUUACAAGCUCUUUCCAACUGCCCACCUUUGACACACUUUUUUCUUGACUGCGGGGGCUUAGCCCGAACAGAUAAGAAACCUGCAAUUUGUAAAAGUUACCUCAAGCUGAUGACAGAACUCUGGCACAAAAGCAGGCCUGGAUCUGUUGUUCCUACUGGUUUAUUUCAAGGAAUUAAAACUGUUAAUCCAAUGUUUCGAGGCUACUCUCAACAGGAUGCACAAGAAUUUUUGCGUUGUCUAAUGGAUUUGCUUCAUGAGGAACUUAAAGAACCAGUUGUAGAACUGGAAGAUGCCCAGCCUAUGAGUGUUGAAGAGAGUAUGGAAGAAGAUAAGAGCCAGUCAGACUUAAGCUUUCAGCCCUGUGAAUCCUGUGGUAACUGUGAUAAAACAGAAAAUGACACAAUUUUCAAACCUGUCUUGGAGGAUCCUGCAGAAACAACCAUGUUAAUUCAGGAUGAUGAUAACAAUUCAGUCACAUCUAAAGACUGGCAGAAAGAAAAAAUAUCAAGCAACAAACUUAAACGAGCAAAUUCUAUGGAAGACUUGGAAAAAGACACAAACACUGCUUCAGAGACCACUGAAUUUUUAAAUAACCAAGGAACUGUCAAAGUACAGAUACACAGCAGAUUCUCAGAAUACAUCAAUGACGUUCACAUGAACGACGUAUCUGCAGCCCAAACACCAUCCUCAGUUGAAGGGAUGAACACGCGCUUAUCAAACAGCCCUCCAAAGUCAUUCCCAUCAUGCUCUUCGCUGGCACAAGUCCACAAAAAAGUUUCGACAGUAUCGUCACCAAAAAGGAAGAAGCGCAAGAAGUACAGGAGUGUUAUCUCUGAUAUAUUUGAUGGGACUAUAAUAAGUUCAGUCCAGUGCUUGACCUGUGAUCGGCUGUCUGUAACCCUGGAGACCUUUCAGGAUCUGUCCUUGCCUAUUCCAGGUAAGGAAGAUCUUGCUAAACUCCAUUCUGCAAGUCAUCAGACGUCUCUAGUCAAGGCAGGGUCAUGUGGAGAAGCAUAUGCCCCACAGGGAUGGAUAGCCUUUUUUAUGGAAUACUUCAAAAGAUGUUUCAGGUUUGUUGUCUCAUGUGUUCCUAGCUGGUUUUGGGGUCCAGUUGUAACCUUACAAGAUUGUCUUGCUGCCUUUUUCGCCAGAGAUGAGCUCAAGGGUGAUAACAUGUACAGCUGUGGAAGGUGUAAAAAGUUAAGAAAUGGAGUGAAAUUCUGCAAAGUCCAAAAAUUUCCUGAGAUCCUCUGCAUUCAUCUCAAAAGAUUUAGACAUGAGCUCAUGUUUUCCACAAAAAUUGGGACCCAUGUGUCUUUUCCCUUGGAAGGCCUUGACCUUCAGCCUUUCCUUGCAAAGGACAGUCCAGCUCAAAUUGUGACUUACGAUCUCCUGUCUGUCAUCUGCCACCAUGGAACUGCCAGCAGUGGACAUUAUAUAGCUUAUUGUCGCAACAAUUUAAAUAACUUGUGGUAUGAAUUUGAUGACCAGAGUGUCACAGAAGUAUCAGAAUCCACAGUACAAAAUGCAGAAGCUUAUGUUCUCUUCUACAGAAAGAGCAGUGAAGAAGCACAGAGAGAGAGACGGAGGAUAUCAGGGCUACUGAACAUGAUGGAACCAAGUCUCCUGCAGUUCUAUGUUUCCAGGCAGUGGUUAAAUAAAUUCAAGACUUUUGCAGAGCCGGGACCAAUUUCAAAUAAUGACUUCCUCUGUAUGCAUGGAGGUGUUCCUCCACACAAAGCUAACUUCAUAGAGGACCUCGUUGUAAUGCUACCUCAAAAUAUAUGGGACAAUCUGUAUAGCAGAUAUGGAGGAGGACCAGCUGUUAACCAUCUGUAUGUUUGUCACACCUGCCAAAUAGAGUCUGAAAGAAUUGAAAAAAGAAGGAAAAAUGAAUUGGAAAUGUUUAUACGGCUUAAUAGAGCAUUCCAAGAAGAAGAAUCUCCAUCAACAUUUUACUGCAUCAGCAUGCACUGGUUCAGAGAAUGGGAAGGCUUUGUAAAGGGGAAAGACAGUGAUCCUCCUGGCCCCAUUGAUAAUGCUAAGAUUGCAGUAACAAAAUGUGGCAAUGCUGUGCUAAAACAAGGUGCAGAUUCUGGACAAAUAUCAGAAGAAACAUGGAAUUUUCUUCAGUCAAUCUAUGGUGGAGGUCCAGAGAUUAUACUCAGACCACCUGUUCCUCCAGUAGAACCUGAUCUAUUGCAAACAGAAGAGAAGAUUGAAUUAGAAACUCAUGGUCUGUAGCUAUUGAGAAAAAGAUGAACUUGUAAGGAAUCCAGCUUCCUUACAAAAUGCCCAAAACACAUUCCUAAAAGUUUUAUUCUCUUAUGUCUGUUGGAGGCACAGCUCACUGGGCAUUACAUUAACUACAGAAUAGUAAGUUGAAAUAUGUAUUGCAAUUUGUUUAAAUAGCAACUGUUUCUCUGUUUUGGAAGGCAUGUGGUUUGUACAUUUUGGAAUGUUUGGUCCAUGGGAAAAAUGUAAUUUCUGAAUUUUUUGCUAAAACUCAAAAUCCUAUUAUAUCCUUAGACUUGAAAAACAGGGACAAAUUUUAGAGAUGUUCAGUAACCCUCCUGGUUCCUGAUUGGGCUUCUGAUAUCUACGAACUUUUGCCUGUCUUAAUUGUACAGUCUUGACAAGCGUAGGUAUGUGAGGAGUAUAUUUUAAAUGGACUGUAAUCAAAGAUAAAGGAUUUUCAUUUCCUAAAUGCUCAGGAAAAAAUUGUCUCUUACUUUGCACUGUAAGUAUAUGAAAUGGGUAUUAUAUAACAUCCAAAUACUUAUUGUAUUUGAGUGGCUCAGAUGUUAGGGUAGACUGAAUAAUGGUUUAGUCAGCAAAUGUCAUAACUUAUUACUACUAAAUUUUACAUCUUAUUAUAGUCUUCUGUAACUCUAUAUACCUGGCUAGUGUCUUUAAUAGUAUAUGUGGCAAAAAGAUUUAGUCUUCUCUAGGGUAACAUUUGAGAGCAUGAAGUGUGAAAUGUAAAAUUACUAUGGACAUGAGUGAUAUAAAUUUCAGAAAAUUAAAUUGUCUGGUCUCUUGAAUUGCAUUAGUAAGCAUUUAUAUUGGAAGGAUUUUAUUGUAUUGUUUAAAAAUUUCAUUGGCAUGAUGACCUUUAAUGUCAGAAGCUGGAUAAAAUGUAUAUAUUGCAAAACUUUAUUGAAUGAUUCAUAUUGGAAUGCAGAAUGACACUUGCUCAUGUUUUUGCCUGAUAUUGUUACCAAAUAAGCAGCAUUAUUCAAGACUGGAUCAAUAAAAAAAAAAAAACCAAACAAAAUUAACUGUGGAAUAGGUGGGGGGCGCUUUUGUAGAUGCUUUUCAUUUAUUUUAUAUAUACAAAAACUUUUGAAGUAAUGCUGUGGUACUGCUCUCACACCCAUACAAUUAUAUUUUUUGACCAUUUUAACUUUAGACAAUGAUGUUGACAGUUCUAGUUCCAAAGUAAGAAUGCUGACAUAACAUUCCUCUGAAUAAUUUUAUAUGUAGUUUAAAAAAAUUUUGGUUUGUAGGACUUCAUGCUAUUCUGGUUAAAAAGCCAUCUAUAACAGCCCUAGAGAAAAUGUCCUCUAACAGUAAGUAUUUGCAAAUGUGAUUUUAUGUUAGUAGAUAAAGCAACUUGAAGCUAAUACCACGUUACCACUGUAAUGCAUCAAGUGCUUACUGCUGAUUUGUAUUAAUGAUUAAGGUAAAGUUAACUUGCUUAUGGACAGUCAUUAGUAACUUGCUGAUGUUGGCCUGUGAGCUGCUGUCUGGUUUCAAGUCAAUUUAAAGUUUUUUGGUGGUUUUUUUUUUGUUUUGUUUUGGUUUGUUUUUUGUUUGUUUGUGGGGUUUUUUUGGGUUUUUUUAAUUUUUUUUUUUGUUUUUGCUUUUGCUAAAGUUUUUGUAGCUUUCUUUGAUUUAAGGUUCUUUAACAUACUAAAGAUAAAGAACAAUGAAUAGAAGAAUUUUCCCUGCACAACGUUCUAAAUUGGAAACUUAGGAACUAUUUCCUUGGUUAAAGCACAAUACAGUGAUCAAUUUACAAAUUUAUUCAGUGUUUUCAUUAAUAGUUUGGAUGGUAGAACAGACUGGCCCUGUAAAAUUUGUAAGGAAAAAACGGAUUGAGUGUGAGGGGCAUCAGCUUGUCAUCCCAUGUCAGGGAAUGAAGCAGUUCUGUGCUGAGUAUUCUGAGUAUUACAGCAGAUCAGAGUAAGACUUAAGACUCAGUGAUACCAAAACAAAACCUGUUCUGGGUAAUAGUAACAAAAGCAUCAGAUGUGAGGCACAGGAGGUAAUUAUUCUGCUCUACUUGGUGCUGUGCUUGUUGUGAGAACUCAUCUGUACUGUUCCCAAUUUUGAAUGCUAUGUGAUGAUAAAUACAAGUUGAGAUUAUUUAAGGGAAAAGCAACAAGACUCAGUGUUGAAAAAUAAGUAGCUUUCUCCCUUAAAAUAAUGCUGAAAAUGCAAGACUUCCAGUGUGUAAAUAAUUGAUGAAUAAUGCUGAACAAUUUUUUUCUGAGAUAAGCAAAGAUACUUGCUUCAGCUUUAGCAGUGGGGACGUGUGCUGAGUUUAGGAAGCUUACUUCAGAAAUCUAGAAGUCUUCUAGUCAGUGUCUAGGAAUCCAUAGUCAGAUAUAAUCUGUGAUGCAUACAGAUCAGUAAGGAGACACUUUACACCAGCAGAGUUUGUGAAAUGCCUUUGUCACUGUGGAAAAAGGCAUCUUCACACUGGGACUCUGUCAUACUUAGAAAAAACCAAACCCCUGGGUUUGCAGAGAUAAAUAGAUGUGUUUUAAGACCGUUCCAAAGGGAUGACUGUCUUGCUUUCAGCCCUUUGAGAGCUCUACAAGGGAUAUUAUGUCACAGAAAUUGAAGUAGUCUUUUAAAGGAAGGCAGUGUGGGAGAACUCCAGAUGGAUGGCUUGUGUAUGCUGGAGGGAAGGCAAUAAUUCAGAGAAUAGGUAAAGGAGAGGCCUUUACUGGGAAAAGCUGUCAUGAUUCGUAGCAAAGAAAGAAUGCAUCUCAGGAAGGGCCUGUGGAAAUUAUUUUUUUCCAUAAGUCUUUCACCAGACUAUUUGGAUUCUUUGUUCAUUUGUUUUCAGUUGAGGAAACACAGCAAUGUGUUUGUGUGCCAGAGAAACUGUCACUUCAAGAAGGGAAAAAUCCAGUGGACUCCUUGUUGUAGGCCUGGAAAUCUAGAUAUGAGCUGUUAAAAGCCCGCAGUUCAGUCUGGUAACUUGGAUCCUCCCUUCUGGGGAAAAACUGUAUGGUGGUUGUCAGGGACUUAGCAGCUCAAAGUUUGAUUUCUCUAAAUUUCUGAAGGUUUUUUGCAAGCAGUAUAACUAAUUGUUCAUCUAAACACCUAACUUCGAGGAGACUGCUUCAGAUACUGUGUAAUGUAGCUGAACAGUAGAAUUGGAGGGAAAGAGAAUAGUAGAAGAGCUACUGAAUUACUCAGUAGUAAAAUAAGGCAGUUUUCUAAUGUAUUUCAAAGGUGAGAGCUAAAUAGGCUGGUUGCUGAAUGAUUUAAACUGAGGAGUCCAGAAAGGUGUUUCUGCAGGUAUCAUCCAAGUUGGUUCUCUGUAUAGGGGUACAGAUAUAUACUUAUGUAUAUUAAUAUAUUUAUACAUGCAUAUUUAUAUAUACACACAUGUAUUCUAUAUAUGUAUAUAAAAAUGCACAUAAUCUACUUCUCCAGUAUCUUAAUUGAACUAUGGCUAGAGUCACUACAAUAAUUAUUUUGGUGUUUAUGCUGGAAUAGUGACCUUGAGUAGCUACAUUUGAUAAAGGUUGUUUGGUUGACACUCAGUUUACUGCUGUGGUGGGUGUCAGCCUUCCUACCAGUAAUGGCUUGUUUCAAGACAAGAUAAAAAAAGCAUAAAGUGUUAAGAGAUGUGUUUGGCUGUGGAUUAUAAUGUGGAUGAAGUGGUUUUCAUUUGUGAAGCAAAAGUUCAAUAAGCCCACAGUUCAAUAGUCCUGAAUUUUUCUUAUGAAAUCUAAUGUAAUUUGAUCUGCUAUGCUAAUGCAUUAUUUACGAAUUCUCCUUCUCAGAUUCAAAACUUACAUAGUGACUUGGUUUUUCCAUCACUAUAUAUCCUACUUCUCCUAAAAGCAGAAGGCAUUCAUUUGUAAUGAUACUGCUAACAUUUGACUGGGGUUUUUUUUAGUAUCCUAUUACUUAUAAGUUCAUUUGGAAAAGCAAGCCUGGGAUUAGUAAAUUUUACUGAAAAACAUAGAUAUCAUCUGUUUAAAAGGGACCAAGGGCUUUCUUCGUAUUUGCCAUACAACUAUUUUAUACUGAACUAAGAAAAUUCUAUUUCAUUUAUUCCUUUUGAAUUCCCUAUAUACAUCUGGCUUAGUGCAGUCUAAGCAGUUUUCUCACUGAAAACCUUUCAGUCUUCAUUUUGCCCAGGAAAUGAGUAAAACAACUAGGCUUUCUCAUUCUUCCUAGCAGAUGGCUUUUCUGGCUUCCCUCUAUACUUAAGCCAUCCAGAACUGACAGUUAAUAGCAGGAAGCAAAAUAAGACUUCUGGGUUUCUGAAGUGUCACAGAGAAAGACAAAUCACUUUUAGUGUUAAUUCAGAGAAAUUAAUCCAUUUACAAACAAACCUGGUUUAUAUUAGCCUUCAGAAUCUUAGGAGAUUAGACAAUAGACUUGUUCAGUAAAAUUUUAGAAGUGCUAUUCUCACUAACAAUGAAAAGCAUAAACUGUUUUCUUGAAUGUGUUCUAUUAUAUAUAUAUAUUACAUAUAUAUCUAUUUAAAACAUAUGACUUGUUUUAGGUUAAGCUUCAGGCUAGCUUUAAGCCAUUCAACAAGGUGACAAGUCUGCUUCUCCAUAGAAACCAGUGAACACUGCCACAGCAAGAUAAAAUAUGCUUAUGGAUCUAAUGUUACACGUUUGCUUACAAUAGCAGAGUCUUGGUUUUCACAGAAAGCUGGAAUUAUUUAUUCUGAGUCAAACCUUUUCUCUCUUCUGUGUGUCAGCUCAGACAUGCAGCUUGAAAAAGAAGGUCCAUUUGUGAGAAACACAUCACUGAAUUGUCCAGUAGGUUUUCUGCACCUGGACUGGUAGUGGUACAACAUGCAAAGUCACUUGAUGGCAAGUUUCCACUUAGGUUGCAAAUGGGUGUAUGUGUGGGCUUUAAAAAAUGCAGUAAGAACUUGAUCACUGAAAUAGGAUGUUUAUAAGAUGAAUAAGCAAGUAAAUUCAUUCUCUGUUAUGACUUGUUCAAGAUUGAGUUGAUUAGCUAAAACUUUCCGUUCUGAUUGUUGAAUGGACAUGUAAAAAUACAGCUGACGCUUGACUGGCUGAUUUAUGUACAAGUAUAAAAUGAAGCUUCAGUAAAAAAGUACAGCUGGCAUAAUAGGAGUACACUGGUUUGUUGUGCAGUUUUGAUAUGCCUUUAUGCAAUGCUAGUGAAUCUUAAAGCACUUUUCUUCCUAGUCAUUGGGAGCAUGGGAGGUACAAAAGUAAAGCAGUCAUCAUCCACAAAAUAUUUUCAUAACACAAAUCAAAUUGAGAAGAUUUCAUUUCCAGAUAUGUUCCUCCUUCCUCACUUGGAACUUACAAACAAUUUAUUAUACAUAAAAAAUUUUAGUAAGAUCUGUUUUUGGAAUAACUUAGCACAUGAGAAAAUAAAUCUAAAAGUACUUUGUUGAGAAGAAUGAAGAGGGCAGAAGAGAGGAGGUAUUUGAUUCAUAGGCGUAGGAAAAAAGCUUAGAAUAAAUUGUCAGCUGCCAAAAAUGAAGAAUAGCAAUUUUUGUUCCAUAUCUCACAGGACACUGCCAAGAGCUUUUCAUGUUGAUUGUUCAUGAAUAGUUUUGCUCAGAAAUGAAUAUUUUUCUAGGUGACUAAUUUUUUUCUGUCUGGUGUGUUUAAUGUUGAACAUGCUAAACAUGUUAAACAUUAUAAAACAAGAUGUCCUGGUUACCAUGGGGAUACACUGCUUUUUUUUUUCCCCCCACCUCCCCUGGGUGUCUGUUAAAAUGCCAAACCCAAAUGAACAUGCAGCACUUGCUCACACUGUGAAUGCAUGUUUGUUUCCACCACUGCACACAGUGUUUCUUUAGCACCAGAAGUAAGGUUACUCUGAGAUUUUCAGUCAUAACAAAAGAAAUGCACUCAUGCAUGCCAAAGUGCUAAUGAACUGGCAGCUAUUAAUUCACAUAGUAUUUUCAAUUAAGUGUUUCAUGUAGUACCAAGGUUUACAAUUUAACUGUGGAAGCAAGAAAUAAAACAUGUAUUAGCUAUGAA